GCUAGCUUAUACAUAAAGUAACUUUAUAGCAACAAAUAACUUCGCAGCUUUUAGAUAAAUAUAAGUUUCGGUUUGAUUCACGCAUUGUUUACGAAAGCGAAGUUACAAGUAUAGGUCAGGCACGGGGUUGCAGCCACCUCAUGCAUGACAGCGAGGGGUGGACAUUAUUUCCCAUCCCCUCACCGUCCAUUGAGUUCUCGUCUCGAGCCGCAGACCCCUCGCACACGUUGGUGUCGGGAGGCAGCCCCUCGCCUAGUGCGGGCGGCCGAGCCCUUCGCGCGCCUGCGCCCUGCCCUGCGCAUCGCGGCCGCGCACCCCGCCAUCCCUGUUCUACGAUAUUACAACUAUGAACAAGUAUUAAAACGAUGUUUAAAUUCACCAUCGGGGACCCAGCAAGAGUGCCGCUAUGAAUUUCGCUCCAUUCACGGGACACAUCCCGUCAGGGGCCGCGCUGCCCACCAUCCAGCAGUUUGCGGCCAAGUUCGGCUACGAGAGCAGCGGGUCGGCGGGCAGCGUGGCGCAGGAACCGCGCUACCAGGCGCAGGCCGGCGGCGUGCAGUUCGCUGUGGCGCCGGCCGCCGGCCUGCCCGUCGACGCCAUGAAGUUCCGCCAGGGCGACAGCGUCGUGGUCAUGAGCGCGCCGCAGCAGGGCGCCGUCACCCUCACCGGCAUCGGCACCAUGCCUGCUGGAGUGAAGUACCAGACGAUCACGUCGUCGUCCACAGUGAACGUGGGCAACAUCGCGUACGGCGCGCAGUACGUGCCGGCCGAAGAGCCGCUAAAGGGCGAGCGCGACAAGCGGGACUACCGCGACGACCUGCAGCACGACAUCAUGGCCACCAUGAUGCAGCAACAGGUUGACUGUAGUGCGAUGUCGGCAGUGACGCAGGCGCCGCUGCAGCAGGGCACGCAGCAGCUGCUGGUGGUGCUGCACGAGCCCAAGGAGGCCGCGGCGCUCGCCCGCGCGCUCAAGCAGGACGGCCGGCAGGAUCGCACUGUUACUGCGCCCGCUGAGUUCAUAAGUAUAGGAGACGUGGGCGACGGCACGUGGCAGACGCUCGGCAGCGGCGUGGCGGACUACCUCGCCGCGCUGCCGCUGCCGCUGCACCACCUGCUCAAGUACUCCACCGGCGACAAGCGGGACGACCAGCCCACUAUCGUUGCUACUACCGCACCAGCUAUUGCUACUUUGGCACAGAUUUCGCCGAAUAACGAAAAUAGCGUCGUAGUACAGAACACGACGAUAGCUAUAAACGCAUCCGUAAGCACGCACACGCAAGGCACGAACACCAACGAGGCACCAAUCAUAACAAAUACGUUGUACUACAGUAAUGGCAGAAAGAAGAAAAAAAAGAAAGAAGUAACAACGAAAAAACCUCGACCCAAGCCAGGGGAAAUACGGAUUACAACUGCUUUAGAUGGUAGUACGCUAUACUGCUGUCCUGAAUGUCACAUGGCCUAUCCAGAGAGAGAUUUGGUUGACCAACAUCUUGUGGGACAUACUAUGGAAAGAAAGUUUAUCUGCGACAUCUGUAACGCGGCGCUGAAGCGCAAGGACCACCUGACGCGACACAAGCAGUCGCACAACGCGGAGCGGCCGCACGUGUGCUCCGUGUGCCUCAAGGCGUUCAAGCGCAAGGAGCAACUCACGCUGCACUUCAUCAUCCACUCGGGCGAGAAGCGCCACGUGUGCAACGAGUGCGGCAAGGGCUUCUACCGCAAGGACCACUUGCGCAAGCACACGCGCUCGCACAUCGCCCGCCGCGUUAAGGCCGAGCUGUCCCAGGAGACCACCACACCGCCGCUCUCGCAGGUAGCCCCCGCCCCACCGUUGGAGCCAUCCUGACAAGUUGCCAUUGAAGACUUCUGAACGGAGUAAAUGAUAAUGCCAAGAGGAUAAUAUUAUGUUAUUUAAUUUUAUUUGUUUGCACGGACGUCGGGAAUAAUGUUUUUAUUUCGUUAUUUGUGUAAGAGUUUUUUGUCGGACAAAUUAAAAAUGUUUUAAAAGGUGUACAAAAUUUUAUUAAGAGGAAAUUGUUUUUGGAUAUUUGAUAGUUAAAAUCUUAAAAAUGUUGAAAAUCUUCAAAAUUAUAAUGUUAUAUCUAAAA